GAUUGUUUUGGGGAUGAAUAAGAGAGUGAGUUUGGCAUUUCCAGUAUUGCUUGUGCCGUCAUUUCCUAUAGCCUCAACAAACCCACGGCAGCAGAGGAAUCUUUUUAAAGGAAAAUUGAUUUAGUCGGGGAGUCAGUGAGCGAGUAUGAGCUUUGACAGUGAUCUCCAGGAACUGCUCUUCCUGUUAUUAGCUCUGAAUGUUGGUGAUGAUGUAGCCCCUUCACAGGAGAGUGCGUGGAUAUAACACAGGGUUCUCACAUGCCGUGACAUACCUGUACUGCAGUUACAAACCAGCCAAGCUCAGGGAAUUCCAGCUGUACUUACUCGGCAUAGGCACAGCCACACCUGUUCCGGAGUCCAGCAUGAAUGAACCGCAGCACUGGGAGUGUGGAAAGGAUUGAGAGAUGACUCAGAGCCUGCUCCAGGGGAAGCGAUUCUAUUGUCGGGAAUGGGCUUUGCGCAAGUUGCAGCACUGUCUGGACUGCUGUCCGAACAGUCGGAGCAGUGGCAUCCUGGUCACCGGGGGUCCGGGCAGUGGCAAGACCGCCUUGUUCAGUGAGGUGCUGUGGCCGGUGUCUGAGCAUGGCCGGAGGUUUGACCUGUCCAUCCGGACUGUGGGACACCACUUCUGUCAGGCGCAGGACAUGCGGACCCUGUCAGUCAGUGCCUUCAUCCUGAGCCUGGUGCAGCAGAUUAAGAGGUGCCCGUUGGUACAUGGUUACAGUGAGAAGCUGCGAGAGGUGUCAGUGCAGGCAGUACUGGAACCCAGCGAGUGUGAGAGGAACCCAGAUGAAACUUUCAAAAGGGCUGCCCUCCUGCCUCUACUGGACAUUCAGCCACCAUCACAGAAUCUUCUGCUGCUUGUGGAUUCCAUUGACGAAGGUGAAAUCUUCAAAGAUGCCGACUGGAAACCUUCUGCAAAGAGCGGGACCAUUGCCGAACUUCUGUCCAAUCACCACGAGCUCUUCCCCUCCUGGUUACUGCUGGUUUGUUCAGCUCGGAAACAAAACCAAGUGGUCAGCAGGAUGUUCACAGGUUUCCGAAAAAUUUGCCUGGAUGAUCUCCGUAAAUCGCACAUUGUGAAGGACGUGCAGCAGUACAUCCUGUGUCGACUGGACCAGGAGGAAGCUCUGAGACACCAUCUGACACGGGAGACAGCAGAGAUGUUAAACCAGCUUCACAUCAAGAGUAAUGGUUGUUUCCUGUAUUUGGAGAGGGUAUUGGAUGGGGUGCUGGAUAGUUUCAUCAUGCUGCGUGAGAUUCGGGACAUUCCAGGAACCCUCAAUGGCCUCUACCUGUGGCUGUGCCAGCGACUCUUCACCCGCAAGCAAUUCACCAAAAUCCAACCAAUUCUCAAUGUGAUGCUGGCUGCCCAACGACCUCUCACCUUGCGAGAGCUAUUUGAAGCCAUCUGGACCAAGGGCACAAGCUUGACAGGCGGGGAAUUCCAGCAGAAGAUGGAGAUGUUGUCCAAAGUGCUACUGGACGGGGAAUGGGGCAGCAAGAUCCUCUUCCACCACAGCUUUGCCGAAUGGCUAUUGGACGUCAAGUACUGCACUCAGAAAUACCUGUGCAGUGCGGCACAGGGACACGCCAUGCUGGCAAUGAGUCUGACCUGCCACGCCAGGGAGCUGACUCCUGCCCAGGUGCAAGAAUACGCCCGGCACCUUGUCCACUCUCAGCUCCAGGCCGAGCCUUGUCAGCUGGCACUGUGGAUGGUAUGGAGUGGGGCACCAGUCACCCGGGACUCUCUCACCUCCAUCUUACCGGUGGAACAGGAGGUCCUUCAGCUGCUGGUCAAGGCUGGAGCCUACGCCACUGAGCAGGAGGGUGGCGAUUCCUCAGGGGUCAUUCACCGAGCUUUGGAGAGGGAGGACUCCAUCCGGAUGCUGCUGGAGAACGGGGCGAGCGUCCACCAGCGGGAUUCAAGUGGACGCACACUACUGGCCAAUGCAGCUUACAGCGGCAACCUGGAGGUGGUCAACUUGCUGCUGUCCAGGGAAGCUGACCUGGAGACCGAAGACUAUCAGGGUCAGACUCCCUUAACCCUGGCUGCUCGGAUGGGCCACACCAAAGUCCUUCAUUGCCUGAUCUCGCACGGUGCCAACAUCAAUCAUGCUGACCAGGAAGGCUGGACUGCACUGCGCUCUGCGGCCUGGGGUGGCCAUUGUGAGGCAGUGACUGUGCUGCUGCAAUCUGGGGGGGCUGAGGUGGACAGCACAGACACUGACCACCGGACAGCGCUAAGGGCCGCAGCCUGGGGUGGGCACGAGGACAUCGCACUUACCCUGCUCCGGCACGGGGCCAAGGUUAACAAGGUGGACACUGACGGCCGGACUGCGCUGAUCGCUGCCGCCUACAUGGGCCACCGGGAGAUGGUGGAGAUUCUGCUGGACCAUGGCGCUGACAUCAAUCACCGGGAUGUGGAUGGGCGCUCGGCUCUCUCUGUGGCGGCCCUCUGUGUCCCUGCCAGCCGGGGCUACGCUAAUGUGGUGAGCCUGCUGAUCGAACAGGGUGCAGAGGUCGGGCACCGGGACCGUGAUGGUCUGACCCCACUCCUGGUGGCCGCCUACGAAGGUCACGCGGAUGUAGUGGACCUGCUGCUGGAGGGAGGCGCGGACGUGGACGAGGCUGAUGCCACCGGGCGUACGCCGCUGCUGGCUGCAGCCUCCAUGGGCCAUGCAGCUGUGGUCAACUCCCUGCUGUUCUGGGGCGCAGCUGUGGAUACCAUCGACAGUGAGGGCCGCACGGUGCUCAGCAUCGCUGCUGCUCACGGCAACACCGAGGUGGUGCAGACCCUCCUGGACAGAGGUCUAGAUGAGAAUCACCGAGAUGACAUGGGCUGGACCCCCCUCCACAUGGCCAGCUUCGAGGGUCACUGCUCCGUGUGCCUGGCACUGAUCGAGCAAGGUGCCAGGGUGACGGAGGUGGACAAUGAUGGAAGGAUCCCAGUUAUCCUGGCAGCUCAGGAAGGCCAUUCCCAGUGUGUACAGACCCUACUGGAAUACAAGUCUCCCCUGGACUCUCGGGGCUACGAUGGACGGACAGCCCUGUGUUCCGCAGCUCUCGAAGGGCACAAGGAGGUGGUGAAGCUGCUAUUGAGCAAAGGGGCAGGUGUAGACAUAAAGGACGCAGAUGGACGGCCCUUGCUGUAUCUGCUGGCCUUGGACAGCCAAAUGAACAUGAUGCAGUUGCUGCUGGACGAAGGAGCUGCUAAUCUAGAGUCGCGAGACUUGGAUGGGCGGACAGUUCUACACGUGUGUAGCUGGCAUGGUAACCUGGAGCUGGUAAAGUUACUGGUCAAGUACGGGGCAGAGGUCAAUGCCUUGGACAAUGACCGUCGCUCAGCCCUGCACUCAGCAGCCUGGCAGGGUCAUUCGCCUGUGGUGCAGUUUCUGAUCGAAAGCGGGGCUCCUGUUGAUCAUGCCUGUAACCAGGGAGCUACUGGACUCUGCAUAGCCUCCCAGGAGGGUCACACUGAGGUGGUGAGAAUACUUGUGGAGAAGGGAGCAGAUCCUAACCAUGCUGAUCAGUAUGGCCGCACACCAAUGAGAGUGGCAGCCAAACGCGGGCAGACAAGGAUCAUGAAGCUAUUGGAGAAAUAUGGUGCACCCGUGUUCAAUGGUUAUGUGGCACCAGCAGCUGGACAGAAAGGGGAACAACACACCUCCACCAUGAAGACUCUGUCCUCUGGUACAUCCAACAGCUCUGGGAGUCCCAGCAUCCCAGCUGGAGAGAUGCAUUUUGCCAACCACACCGCCAGUGACAAGAGACAAACGGGGGUUACAGGCUCCCCCUCUGGGUCCCCGGACUCCACUGUGGAUCAUCGCAAGUCUCUUAUGUCCAACAACUCCUUGAAAAGUUCCAAAAACUCAUCCAUUGUCACCUCGUCCACCUACCAUUCACUGGCCACUGAUCAGACGGUGCCUAUCGACAGCUUGACCUUCACCCAGCAGAUCCAGCAACACUCUCUGCCUCGUAGUCGUAGCCGACACUCAAUCCUGACCUCACCUUCCUCAACCCUGGUCAGACCCAAAGCCGGCUCGCAGACCAGUGCCAUAUCAGAGGCUGCAAAGAGCCCCGGUAGACAGGGGAGAACCACCCCCUUAUCUAGCCCAGUGCUGGGUGUUGAACUGUCAGAGACUAGCGCUAAAGGCAAGAAGGGAGGAUCAAUGAAGAUUGGACUGAGCAGAGUUUCAGAACAGAUUCCGAAAGCUGAAAUCACCAAGAGGAGCUUGGAAAUUGCACCACCACUUAUCACAUCGCUUAGCAACAACAAGCCCCCUGUCGAGUGGGAGGCUUCGCCCUUUAGUUGGUGUCAUGACAAGCAGACUGCGUUCACUGAGUUUGCGGAGAAACGGAAUGGAAUCCUGAGCAAGUCCCAGUGCAGAGGGCACAGGAGUCCCAAGGCCUCUCCCCAGAAACUGGACGCUCCCAGUGCAGUGGAGAAAGUGAUGAUGGAACCGCUGAUUGCAAUCACUACCCUGGACCCUGAACUGAACCUGAAACAGGCCAUCAAACUACAAUUCGAGGGACCAACCAGUGGCUUUAACUACAAGAAGGAAACACCUCUAUGAGGGGGAAUGCUUCUUGCGAUGGGCUGAACUGCAGAGAAAGUUGAUGUAUUUGUUUUGGAUCCAGUGGCAGGAAGGAAUAUUGCUCUGUGUGUCACUGACUGCGACCCCUGAGAUUCCAGGACAGGCGGCAGAGUUCUCGUAUUGCUCUUGGAACAAUCCUCUGGGAUACCACAACCUAAUUCAGGAAAAGGGCAGACUUGUUCCUGAUAACAUGCGAUUGAAAUGUAUAAUUUUGUAAAUAUGUAUUUACAACCUGCGCCAUGAUCAAUGCCGACAUCCUGCUGUUAAACAGUAUGUACAGUAUUUGGGUCUUUUCCUGAUGAAAUCGGGAUGAAAUUUUAUUUUAUAUUGGAUUUAUUUUCUUCAGCAUUAACACUCGUGGGAAGUGGGUGCGAAAGGUUGACAGGGGUUUAUCCUAACUCCUGAUCAGAGUGGAUACCACCCCCCCCCACCCCCAGGUGUUGCCUCCUGACCCCAAAAUCAAGUCUUUGGUGGUCACAUCACCCUGGAUCUGAGCUGGCUUGAGUCAAGGAACAGGAUCAAACUGAGCAAUGUUGGGAAACCCUUACUGUGUCCCAUAAUGUUCUCACUGUCCCAUCAUAUUCACGAGCUGGGCCACUGUUACUAGUAUUAACAUUGUACACAUGCCCAUGUGAAUGGUGCAAGUGCCAUGACUAGUUGUGCACAUGGUGUUGUAGAACUGACAAGCGUCAUUAUCCCUGUUAACGGUCAUGCACCUGACCGUGUGAAUAGCACAAAUGUCACUCUUCUUAUUAGCAGUUUUCAGGCUGCUGGUUAUAUUGGAUUGAUGAUUAAAAUUAAAUUUUUUUGUUGGGCGUGGGGGGUGGGUGGUGGGAUGUAUUUGGAAGGCUAUAUUUGUGUGCAGAAGUUGCUGGGGGCAAACUCAGGUUGAACUGGACACCCCGGCCCUGUGAUGUUUCCCUGCCCCCAUGCACCUGGGGAACAGUCCACACUCCUCUCUUCACCCAGCUCCCCCCUUGCCCCUCAUGUCUCCUCAUCAUGGGGGAGUGAGGGUGGGGGAAGAGUCACCCAGGCUGUGGGGUAGUGAGAAUUGCUGGAGUGUGCGUGUCGGAGGGUGAGCUGGGUAUGUGUGGUUCCGCCUGCUGCUCAGUGAGUGCCCACAGGGGAAAGGUGCCAGUGAACAGUAAGAGAACGACCUGCUGAAGUGAACACUAAUCAAGCAAAGACCUGAUUGGGGGUCAGUGGAUCCUGGGCCGGUGUUUGUGGGGUUGGGUGUGGGAGGGAGGUUGGGCACCCAGUGAAGGGCAUGGGGAGAGAUUACACAACAUCGCCUGACCACUUGACCCUCAGUGACUACAUGCUGAUGACCUCACAGCGUUCCACAAGAUUUUGGCGCCUGUUCUGGACCAUGGGGAAGAAGCCCAAUCUGCCCCAUUUUCUAGUGUACUGUAAAAUUCCUGAUUGUAUUUUUUAGAAGCAGAGGGCAGGGGGUUGCUGGUCAGACUUGAAUUUAUUUUUUUAUUUUGGUGCUGUUCUGAUGUUCUUUGUACUGAGGGUUGCUCAUCUUCACUGACAUAUCCAGCUGGUUGCUGUUCCCUCUCUUUCUGGUUUUUAUACACGGUUUUUUUUUGAGACAAAACUCUGUUACUACCAGAGGCUCUUUCCCCCUCUUGCCAAAU